UAAACAAGGCGGAAAUAAAUAAAGGGUGGCAAAGAAAGCAAGCCUUACAAGCGAAGGAAGAUCAUAGCGUGGUUCUGCAGCCAUUGCAUGAAUGAUUGCUGGAGAUGAAUUGGGUGUUCUGAACUGAUUCCCGUUUGUAAUCCAACGCAAUGGGUUUGCUGUCAAACAAGAUCGACAGGGACCAACUCAAACCCGGCGAUCAUAUCUAUUCUUGGAGGAACAUCUACCUCUAUGCCCAUCACGGGAUAUAUGUUGGAGAGGGAAAGGUUAUCCACUUCACUCGGGCAGCUGGACGGGAAAUUGGCACAGGAACUGUGUUAGACCGUUUCAUUUUCAGCUCAUCUCCAUCCCACUCAUCAGAGAAUCCCUGCACAAGUUGUGAUGAAACAUCAGGGCGUGAUGGUGGUGUCAUGUCUUCUUGCCUAGAGUGUUUCUUAUCCGGUGGUGAUCUGUACCUCUUUGAAUAUGGUGUCAAUCCAGCCUUCUUUAUUGCCAAAGCCAGAGGAGGUACCUGUACCCUUGCCUCAUCUGAUCCAUCUGAAGACGUCCUUUACCGUGCCUUUUUCCUUCUCAAGAAUGGUUUUGGUAGCUACUGCCUCUUCAAAAACAAUUGUGAAGAUUUUGCAAUCUAUUGCAAAACAGGUUUGCUUGUGUUUACUAGUCUUAGUGUGGGAAGGAGUGGGCAGGCAGCUUCCAUUUUCUCUGCUGCAAGUGCUAUUGCUUGUUCACCAGCUCGAUAUUUGACUACUACUGUUAGUGGUUUGAGUGCUUUUGGUGCUGGAAUUUACUGUCUCCACCGAUUGGUUUGUGAUAUUGGAAUCCGCCGUGAUGUUUCCAAAGUGCCAGUUGAAAGACUAGUUGAUCGGGUUGGCUUGGUCGAGCCAGAGGUCGCAGCUGAGACGGUCAAGCAAGAGUAAAUUAUGUGCAAGUAGUAGCUUUGUGGCUUGUUAAAGAAUUCACAACGACACUGUUUAUUAAUUUAGUUUGUAUCAACAUUCUACUGGUGCUUGUACUUUGGUAUGUAUUUUCCUUUAUUUUAUUUUAUUUAUAUGAAAAUGAGUACUA